UUCUCUGUAGUAGUAGCCGGGAGUCACCUUACUGCGGCCUGGGUCACAACUGUCGGCCCUUGUCUGGAAAAGUAAAAGUGGGUCCUGCCACGCUUGGAGCUUCCAGAAGCCUCACCCGGCUAGAGCUAGAGAACGAGUUCUGUAGCGGCCACCGGCGUGGGGCGGGACAGGACCCUCCCCCCAAGAGGGGGGCAGCCCCGAGAGAAACUGCAGCGGCCAGAGCGGUAAAAGUAAGUGAUUAAAGAAGCCUUUCUGAAAGUCAUCUAACAUGUCAAGAAGAAGAUUUGAUUGCCGAAGUAUUUCAGGGUUGCUAACUACAACUCCUCAAACUCCGAUGAAAAUGGAAAACUUCAAUAAUUUCUAUACACUUACAUCGAAAGAGCUAGGAAGGAUUGCUGUGCUUGAAUUGGCCAAGUCUUGUCCCCGAGUUAUUGAUCUUCAUGAGGUCUAUGAAAAUGCAAGUGAAAUCAUUUUGAUAUUGGAAUAUGCUGCAGGUGGAGAAAUUUUCAACCUGUGUUUACCUGAGUUGGCUGAAAUGGUUUCUGAAAAUGAUGUUAUCAGACUUAUUAAACAGAUACUUGAAGGAGUUUAUUAUCUACAUCAGAAUAACAUCGUCCACCUUGAUUUAAAGCCACAGAAUAUAUUAUUGAGCAGCAUAUAUCCUCUUGGAGACGUAAAAAUUGUAGAUUUUGGAAUGUCUCGAAAAAUAGGGAAUGCAUGUGAACUUCGGGAAAUCAUGGGAACACCAGAAUACUUAGCUCCAGAAAUCCUGAACUAUGAUCCCAUUACUACGGCAGCAGAUAUGUGGAAUAUUGGUAUAAUAGCAUAUAUGUUGUUAACUCAUACAUCACCAUUUGUGGGAGAAGAUAAUCAAGAAACAUACCUCAAUAUUUCUCAAGUUAAUGUAGAUUAUUCAGAAGAAACUUUUGCAUCAGUUUCACAGCUGGCCACAGAUUUUAUCCAGAGCCUUUUAGUAAAAAAUCCAGAGAAAAGACCAACAGCAGAGAUCUGCCUUUCUCAUUCUUGGCUACAUCAGUGGGACUUUGGGAACUUGUUUCACCCUGAAGAAACCUCCAGUUCCUCUCAGAUUUACGAUCAUACAGUCAGGGCCUCUGAAGACAAAACUUGCAAAUCCUCUUGUAAUGGAACCUGCAGUGAUCGAGAAGACAAAGAGAACAUCCCAGAGGAUGGCAGCUUGGUUUCCAAAAGGUGCCGCUUCGAUGACUCCUUGCCCAAUCCCCAGGAACUCGUUUCAGAUUUGCUCUGUUAGCACAUCUUUCUUUGAUUCAUUUGGACUGAAUUUGAAAUUUUAUAUCCACUCCAGUGUGAGAUUAUGGUUUGUAGCUUCAUAUAUGACAUGUUUAUAUUGUAAAUGCACUUUUGCAUAGAUAAAUUUAGGAAAGUGUUUUAAUGCCAAAUUACUUAGUUGCUAGUUUAAUUUCCUAUCCUGAGAUAGCUCUGCAGAGAAGAAAAUAUUUAAAUAUGUGACAAAACAUAAAAUUCUACAUGUGAGUUCACUUGUUAAUGAAAGAAUUCAAGUUCAAGUGAACUUAUUGAAAUGUUUUUUAUAUCA